GGUUAUGUGCUUGAUAUUAUCGCUGAGGUAUCUUUUUGUAUUUUUCUGCCGGGGAUGGGCCAGAUUGGGAAGGGCGGUACGAGGGUGGGACUUGGCGUUGAUGUUUUGGAACAUCAAAGAUGGACAGGGUUUUCGCGAAGGUCGUUCCUCAGAUAUCUCCACAACUACAGAUCGGGGAUCUUCCAAAAUCGAGAAGAUUGGUGCAUACGGCUAGGUCUCUUCACCUUACAAUUUGUAUGGCGAUUUGGCCCGGGGUUGUGGUGUGGUAGGGGAGAAUGGGGGGAUAAUCCCACGCAGGAGUUCCGAACGACGUCUGGUUCACGUUUGGCUGGAUAACUCCACCACCACACGGGGUAUGCGGUCGGCGAUGGGGUCAAAAUGCUCGUAUGAUCGAGGGCUUUUCGAUGGAUCUAUCGGCGGGUUCUUAUUCGAAAAAUCGAGCGAGUUCGUGGUGAAG